AUGGUCGAGUUUGAUCGUGAACUAAUCAUACUCUAUCAAAAUGUAACACAAAACCGACAACAAUAUUCAACCAACUUGAACAUUCUCCUCAGCUUUAUCAAACCGUGGUUCACUCAACCGCUCGAUUGUCAUCCUCAACUUUUAUCACAUUGGAUACAUUUAUUAAAACACAAUAUUCAAGAUGAAGAGAAUAUGGCAAUUUUGAAUCAUUUAUGUAAUGGCUCUUAUUUGAAGAACUAUGGUGCUGAUAUUCCAGUGCAGUUGGAGUCGGUUAUUGGUGGAUUCAGUAGCGGUGCCAUUAAGAAGUUGAUUCUUAGAAGACCUUGGAUCGGCUAUUUCCUGGCUAUCACUUGGUGUAAAUUCAAAAAGUAUAAACCAAAGGAAACGUUGAUGUUCUUCCGUGAGUUGGCUGUGGAGCUACGUAACGAUGCGCUCUCACUGUUGUUCUGGGAGUACUUCUGGAUGAUCUAUUUCGAUUCUCUCAUUACUCUGCAGGUGGAUCCACUCAGCCAAGACAUCAAGAAUGACAUCUACCAGUCGAUCUACACCAGCAAAGGACCGAUGCUUCCACCGAUUCGUCGUGUCUACGAGACGUUCACCACUUGGAACAAAGAGAGCAUACUGCCCAACAACGGGCGAAUCGUCAGCGUUGAAAACCAGGAACUCUGGAAACUGUUUAGCAACUCGGCACUCUGGAUAUUCAAUAAGAACGAAGACAAAGUAUUCUAUGAAACCAACCAGAGAAAUUGGCUUAACAGCUUGUCGCAGGACAUCAAUUCACAUCUGUUGGUCAAUCAACUCUUGAUUCCAAAGCGAGAUGCCGAGAGUUUCAACGCCGAGGAAAAGAAAUAUCAGAAUUUCGAGGAUAUCUUCAAUGAAGCUGCACAAUCCAUUUUGAAAUCAACGGUUGUUGAAUCAAUCAAGUUGUUCAACGAUUUGAAGCUGUAUCUCGGUCAUAGCAAGCGAUUGUCUCAGAACAUCUUGCACGACGACAAGGUAUUCUCGGAACUCAGUCAGAGUCUACACAACACGAAACUGACGAGAAACAACGCGAUCUUGAAGUGCUCGAAUCCCAGCUGUCUCGGUGUCACCGUCAGUGUGGAAACCAAGAGUUCACAACCGAAUGCCCAAUCGUCAUCGAUGAUCAAAGACAACAGAAAGUCGUUCAACGAACACUUUUACAACUUGUUUGAGCGUGUCUAUCAAUUGGCUGUGCUUACACUGGUCCUGGAGGAUCGUCGUCUGCACGACCUCUACUUCCAGAAGGAAGAUCUCUUUGCACUUCUCGUCCAGAUCUCCUCGGAUCACUCUGAUUCCAUCACAGAGACAGUGAUCAAUACUCUCAGUGAGGUUGCCUAUCGCAUCGGUAAGGACAUCUUGGAUAAGGAUCCUUCCAACCAAACAUUCCUUCUCAACACAUUCCUCCCACAAGGAAUUGCAUCGGACAACGCACCGAAAACCGACUACUCACUGUUUGUCAGACUGUUCUCACCCUCGCUUGUCAAUGACAUGACGAAAUACCUCGAUUAUCUCGAACUCAGUAUAACCAGCCCGAGAAUCUCUAACCAACAGAAGCGUGAUAUUUUCGAAUCGUUCAAGAUCGACACCAAGAUUCAACAGAUCACUCAUAUGCCCGGUGGAAAAGAACGACUCUUCCAAUUGCUACCGACGAUGUUGGAAACCAACGCUAUCGAACCAACCGCUAUUAUUAUCAACGCACUGCUAUUCGUUGAUUCCAGCUACUUGAUCAAUGUGACACUGGCGCUGGUGAAAGACUUUGCUUCGUUGGAGCUAAUGGAGCGUGUCUAUGGCAAGUCCCGACAGUUUUACGAAUUCGUAAAGUCAAUCAAACCGGAACAACAGAAUCUAAUCAUCCAAACGCUGGUCGAGAAGAUCUCCGAUCUCGUUCCCAGAAGUAUUAACAUGGCUUGGGAAGUGUUCUUCUACGGUUACAUCCCGCUGCUCGACAAGUACAGAAAGACUGACGAAGCCAAGAAGAAUCGCCACAUUCAAGAGCUCGUUGAGUUGAUGGGCAAUAUGGUGGCGGAGGGACAUCUUGAGACUGCCACUUUCCACGUGCAGCCAAACGAUAUUCUCGAGCAGAUGUGUAAUGUCAUCUGUCAGACCGAGUACGGUGAGAUUGUCGUUGCACUGUUCUCCAUUCUCGAUUGGGGAUUGUUGCGAUCGAUCGCAAAGAUACCUGACCACGUCGGACUGCACUACCUGAAGCUCUGUAUGUAUAUUUCCAUUUUGAAUGGUUCCUCUAUUGCCGCGCCAGACUUGGGACUGGCACUCGGCGGUGAUAAUUCGAUCGAUUGGUACAAGUGUGGCGAUCUCCAAGAUGCAACCGUUAUCUUUGACGGUCUUGCACUGACGAAUGUCAUCACUUCUCUACCUGGUGCAGAAUCUCAUGCUGCCACUCAUCCGUUCGCUCGCCGAGAACAAGGCGGCCAAAGACCAAGAGCAAUCGGGAACACAACAGAGAAUGAAGAAUAUCCUCAAGAUUGCCAUGUCCUGCUUGGACUACGAUCCGAAAUCGAAACCGAUCAUCUACACGCUCUCGAAGGAUCUCAACAUCAAAGUUCAAAACUUGAUAUUGAACUUCUGUUCGACACUCUCACUGAAUCUUUGUCUACAGAUCAUGCCGGUCACGCAUAUCGCACUGAAAGGCAGUCACUUUUGUCUGGUGAUAGAGGCAGUGCUACACUCGCUGCUCUCGGACGACACCAUCCAAGUAUCGACACUGAUCAACAAGUACUUGGUAUUCACCGAUGCCGACUCUGUCAUUCUCAAAUCCAUCCAAAACAAUUGUCCGGUCACUCUCUACAUUGUGAUUCUCCAGCAACUACAACAAAAGACUCUGGAUCAUCAUCAUAUCCUCGAUCUCAUCACCAACAUCUCAUUCCAAAACAAUCAACCAACGAUAUUAACUUAAAAGAUAAAGCAACUUUACAAAAGAUCAAUAUUGUUAAAUCAUGGAUUCAGUCAUUCUUUGGAAAUACCAAUCCAAUUACAUCGUUAUUCUCAAAGAACAAGACUGUCAUUCCACAGACACAUUUGGCAUCUAGAGCAUGUUAUAUUUUCUUAAUUAGAUCAAUCAUUCAACAACAAGGUAAAUCAAAGGAUGAUGAACAAUUGUUGAAUUCCACGGUUGAAGGACUUUUAGAACUAAAGAAGAAAUCUAAAGACUAUCAGACAUACGAUGCAUUCUUUAAUCAAGUCGAUAAUUUCCUAUCACCAAUUGUCGAAGUGGAUGAUUUCUCUCAGAUUCUCAUUCAGACUCUUGUGCCAUUUGCCAGUUACCUCUCUAACCUUUUAAAAUAUGAACCUUAG